GGACGGAGCGGGCUUCGGAUCACAGGAGGCUGGCGAGCCAAUGACUGUCUCCAUAACUCUCCUCAGUGGUGUAUCAGUGUUGCGGGACGCAGCCCGCUGAGGUUACUCCUGCAGAAUUACAGUCCCAUUUGUGCGCCGGGCCUCGAGCAUGCGUAUGGCAACAAAGCAGACAUGUGGUGGCAGGGCUGAGGGUCUGGUCUCUCAAUUCCUCUCUGCACGAAUCAAUUAGGCUGCAGUCUGCGCUGGAAAGAUGACCUCGGCCACUCCGCCCUCCUCUCGUAGCUCAUCGCCUCAGAAGGUUUGCCACUCCCAGACACAGACCGAUGUCCUCAAACCUUUACUUGGAGGCGGGAUAUCCAGCAUUGGGGGGACUCUGAGGAAGAGGAAACGGGUCCUGUCCAAAGAUGGGCGAAGCAACGUGCGCAUCGAGCACGUCAGCGGGAGAGGCGCUCUCUACAUGCGGGAUCUCUGGACGACGUUCCUGGACAUGCAGUGGCGCUACAAGUUCUUCGUGUUCACGGCCACUUUUGCAGGGACCUGGUUCCUGUUCGGGGUGCUGUGGUACCUGGUGGCGCUGGUGCACGGAGACCUGCUGGAGUUUGAUCCUCCUUCAAACCACACUCCCUGCGUGAUGCAGAUGCAGUCCCUGACGGGAGCCUUCCUCUUCUCCCUGGAGUCCCAGACCACCAUUGGUUAUGGCUUUCGCUGCAUCACUGAGGAAUGUCCUGCGGCGAUAAUCCUCCUCAUAGUGCAACUGGUCAUCACAAUGAUCAUGGAAAUCUUCAUCACCGGGACCUUUUUGGCCAAGAUUGCAAGGCCAAAGAAAAGAGGUGAGACGGUGAAGUUUAGCCAGCACGCUGUGGUGUCGACGCACGAGGGCCGACCCUGCCUGAUGAUCAGGGUGGCCAACAUGCGCAAGAGUCUUCUGAUCGGUUGUCAGGUGACUGGAAAGCUGCUCCAGACAUCGCUGACCAAGGAAGGCGAGACGGUUCGUCUGGAUCAGAGAAAUGUCCCUUUUGAAGUCGACGCUUCCAGCGACAGCCCGUUUCUCAUACUGCCCCUCACCUACUACCACGUCAUUGACGACAGCAGUCCUUUACGAGCCUGGGCAGCCAAGGGUGGCGGUUGGACAGAUCCAGAACUGGCGGACUUUGAGCUGCUGGUGAUCAUGAGCGCCACGAUAGAGCCAACCUCUGCCACUUGCCAAGUUCGCACCUCCUACCUGCCCGACGAGAUCCUCUGGGGCUACGAGUUUCCCCCCGUCGUCUCCCUCUCUCCGUCAGGAAAGUAUGUAGCGGACUUUGCCUUUUUUGACAAAGUGGCCAAGACCAAGACCACGCCCAUCUUCAAACCGCCCAGUCCCCAGCACACGUGCCAGAGCAAUGGGAGCGGGCCCGUGCCGGAGGUGUCUGAUCCCGAGAAGAUCCGACUGGAGCAGAGUUACAGGGAACAGAGAGGGGAGGAUCGAGGUCGAGUCAGGGAAACGCCUCUCAGCGUUCGGAUCAGCAACGUGUGAAUCAACGGACAACUUCAGAAGGGAGAUUUUUAAAGAACGCGACACAAGUUAAAUCUCAAUAA